AUGCCCGCCUCCAUCCUCGACUCAUUUCUCACAGCCAGCACCUCUACCUUCCUCCUCGCCGCGCUAUCCACCUUCCUCGUCUACUUCGCAGCAUCUGUUGUCUAUCAGCUGUUCUUUUCCCCCCUCGCUGGCCUCCCAGGGCCCUGGUACGCUGCCAUAUCCGACUUCUGGCUCACCACGCAUGUCGUGCGUAUGCAGCAGUGCCGCAUCGUGCAGGAUCUCUUUGAACGUUACGGCCCCGUCGUCCGCGUCGGUCCCAACAAAGUCGUUUUUUGCAAUGCCUCCACCAUGAGGAGCGUCUACUGCGUGCACAAAUUUGACAAGAGCACGUACUACAAAAGUCUUCUAACGAACAAUAACGAUCAUGCCAUGACGACGCUCCCCAACGCCCAACACGCAGUGCGUCGCAAAGCAUACGCACCUCACUACACACCGAGCAAUCUGGUUCUUUUCCAAACCGAUCUCCAUGACUAUUCUCUGAAGCUUGUUGAUAUUCUCCACAACAUGUCUGGCAAAUCCUCGGUAGAUUGCCUUAACCUCUUCCGUCAUCUCAAUGUCGAUAUCAUUGGGUGCACUGUUUUCGGCACACGCCCUGGCUCUCUGGAUAACUGGGCCUUGAAUAUGCAGGACCCUCUCGCGACGGCAAUCUAUGAUUUUCCCAAGAGGGGCGUUUUGCGCAGUGCGGUCCCGACCUGGGCUUGGAAUCUCGUUUGUCGCAUACCGAACCAUCGCUGGCGCCAAGUCUGCGACUCAGACAGGAUCAUGGCCCAGUUUGUCGCAGGACGACUGUACGAGAUGCGAGCCAAGAUCCAGGCCGGACCUGUGGCUGGCGGCACUGAGGCUGAAAAAGAGAAAGUCUCUCUCCUUCAGCGCAUGCUACAAUAUCGCGUAUUCACUACUCACGAAUGCAUGGCGGAUCAAGACAUUAUCUCUGAAAGCAUGGGCCAUAUGGUUGCUGGAGUCGACACGUCAUCGACUACUCUUUCCUACUUUCUGUGGGAACUAUCUCGCCGCGGCGAUGUUGUCCGAAGACUCCAGCAAGAACUCGACGACGCAAUGCCCGAUCCUAGGGUGAUUCCCGACAUCUCUGUUCUCAAUAAAUUAACUUACCUCAAUGCUUUUGUGAAAGAAGGGUUACGAGUUUACGGAGCGGCGCCAUCACUGCUUGAACGUGUCGUGACCUCUACAACUGUGUCCAGCGACGACGAUAACUUCGACUUAAUGGGCUACGCGUUGCCUCCUGGCACGAUCAUCUCAACACAAGCAUGGAGCAUGCAUCGCGACGUAGACAUCUUUCCAAGUCCCGAGACAUUUUUGCCGGAACGAUGGCUCGAAGUCGAGGGACUUGAGGGGGAGCAGGAAAGGCUCAUGAGAAUGCACCAACACAUGAUGCCUUUCGGUGUAGGCACCCGUAUCUGCGGAGGUCACAAUCUCGCCCAAAUGAUGCUGCGCACCGUCAUCGCCGCUCUGGUCAGAAAUUUCAACGUCAUCGCGAACUCGGCAGAGACGAACGAGAGGACCAUGGAAAUGCGUGAUGCAUUUAUACUCUUCCCCGCUGCCAAGGAAUGUAAACUUGUGUUCAGGCCACGCAGCCAGUAA